UUGAGUUCAACAAACAAACAAACAAACAACACAGAGUAAUAUAGAGGGAGCAUAUGCUGAAUGAAUGUUGAUGAGUCGAGUCGAAGUUGAAGGCCUUUUUAAUGGACGGACAUUAACUGCAGAUUGGAAUCUAUUUCUCUCUCAAUCCUCCCUCCCUCCCUCCCUUGCCUGAAUCUUCAAAUGUUGCACAUCUUCUGCUGAAUAGGCAUGGAGUUAGAGUUUGAUAAGUACUGUGUAGUGGAUGGAAGCCCUACAACUGUUCUUCCAGCUCCACGGCAUUGCCCAAAACUUGAAAAGAGAAGAUCCAAGAGAAAACAGAAAUGUGGAAAUGAGAAACUCUGCCUAAAUGAAGAUUUCACUCAGAAUAAUUUCCAUCACUACCGUAGUGUAUCCUGUAAAGAUUCUCUGUCUAGGACAUCACGUUCAGAAUUAGGUAAUGAAGUUCUAAGGAGAGGUUCUGCGUAUUGUAGUUCCAAAGAGCUUAGGCGCUUCCAGAAAACGGAUGCUGGUGAGGAGAGGAGAAAAAUUGAAUUCUCAAGUGGGUGUAUAACAGCUUCUUCAUUUGGUAUUGUUGAUGCUUUGUGUAGUUCAGAGGAGGACAGUUCACAAGUAGAAGAAAACACAUCCUCAGUAAUGUCGGUGAACUCAGAUUUAAGUACUGGAGCAUGUAAAAAUCUCGAUGCACUUUCCUUUAAAUCCCCCCCUAUCCAUCCCAUUCCAGAGAAAGGUGCAUCACCAGGUAACAGAGAAAACAGAUACGAAGGUAAUAAGCCAAGGGAAACAGAUCAUUCUUCUGCUGUUUUUCCCAAGUCAUUAUCAGCCAAGUUUAGAGUGCCUCAUUCGCCUGCUCGAUCAGAAAGUGAUUGCUCAAGAGCUAGUAGUUCAAAGUCCAGGUUCACUCCAAUGAGAAAGAUGUUUGAACCAUUCAGGAAAUCCAAGUCUCAAAGAAGUCCCCUGAGUAAUAAAUGUAUUGAAUCAGGCUGGGGGGACUUGGAAUGUAGGCUAGCAAGUCUUAAUGGUAAUAAAGGAUCUACGAAACCUUUGCCACCCAAUUUUUCAAACACAACUCAGCAAUUCAAUUGUGGUUCUCUGCCUUCCCGGAAAGGAAGCCACAAUUCACUUGCAUCACUUUUACCAACUCAUUUGCAUGGCUUCCUCCAGUUGGACAGAAAACACGGGGUGCCUUUUUUUGAGUUCUCAGUAAACUUCCUUGAAGAUGUAUUUCUAGCCAAAACAUGGAAAGUUGGAAAUACUUUAAAUUGGGUAUAUAAAUUCUAUUCAGUCCGUAACAGAAGGAAGAGCCAUGGCAGUGGAUGUGGAUCAAAUGAUGGGACUAAAGAAUCAUCUCUUUUAGUUGGGCAGAUGCAAGUCUCGAGCUAUUAUUUAUGUAAUAAAGUAAAAAAUGCCACAGGAGUCUCUAAUAAUUAUUCUAUGGUGAUGGAGUUUGUUUUGUAUGAUACUGCCAAAGCCAAUCCAAGAAAAAGUGUGUCCUUUUGGGACAGUUCAAGCCCAUCAUAUGAUGUUCCCAAUGGUGAUGGCAGGGGUCAUACUGGUACCCAUCCUGUGUUUGCAGCUGAAUUGCAUGAGCAGCAGCUUGAAAUUGCAGCCAUUGUGAUACAAGUGCCAGUAGUUCAAAAGAGAGAGAGUUUGGAAUUCAAAAGUGGGUUUAAGAAUGACCAGUCGACUCUGUUGGGCUUCCCUUUCUUUGAAGGGGCUCAUGGUAAUGUGAACCCUUCAAGGGUGGCUGCAGUGAUCCCUUCUGGUAACCAUAGUUUGCCAACAACUGAAAGUCGUGGCCCUUCUCCAUUGCUAGAUAGAUGGCGUUCUGGUGGAGGCUGUGAUUGUGGUGGGUGGGACAUGGCAUGUCCCCUAAAUGUAUUUUACAAUCUAAAUAUACAGAGUGCUGCUGACUGCCCACUCAUAGACAAUGAAAAACCGCUACAACUAUUUAUUCAGGGAAAGAAAGACAAGACGCCAGCAUUGAGCGUUAGAAUGAUGGAAGGUGGGCAAUAUGGUGUUGAUUUCCACUCUCAGUUAUCUGCACUACAAGCAUUCUCCAUUAGUGUUGCUAUUUUGCACGCGAUGGAAGCAGCCGCCUCGAGUUGUAUGGAAAAGGGGGAAGAAGGAAGAUCACAAAUGCAAGAAGAAUCAGGUGGAUUGUUGGUUGAGGAUGAAGUUAGAAAUUCAACCAAAGCAGUGAGAGAGGAAAACAAGAAAGUGCAGCAGCAGCAGCCUAGUUUUGUUUUAAACCCUCCAUUUUCUCCAAUUGCUCGAGUAUAGCCGUGCAGGAGGAGGAGGAUAUGGGUGGAAGAGAAAACCAUCUUCUUCUGCUUCUUCUUCUUUAAGACCAUCCAUCACACAACACAGUCUUCUGUUCAUAUUGUUAGUUUGGUAGAUUGGAAAAUAGUUCAUUCAUUAU